AUGAAGAGAGGACGCCAAGAGAAGAAGACCUCACGAUCUCCAAAACGACGACAACAACGUCAGAACGAAAUCUCCGAGAGAGAAAAUUCAAACGGUAUACAUAUCCCUUUCGAUGUAAUAACCGAUAUACUCUCGAGACUCCCUGUUAAGUCACUUGUAAAACACGAUAGAUGGAGCAACUCGUGUGAUGGAUUGUUCGGAUAUGAUCCAGUUGAGAAACAAGUUUUCACAUUAGUGGGAGGUCCAAUGAAGCAGCAAUGGAGGAGCCUUGACAUCCAAGGCAUUUGGAAUCACUCUCCAGAAGCUAGGAGUAGUGGUUUAUGUAUCAAAGAGUUUAUCUAUUACAUAGCACAUGUAGAAAGCUGGGAUGAUCCCGAAUUCUAUGAGCUAGUGAGGUUCGACGUUAGACACGAAAGCUUUGAUCGUAUUCAGAUGCCCAUAACUCUGCAGAUGAAUCAGCAGCUCAGUGAAGUGAGUUUCGAUGAAUUGACUUUGGUAAACUACCAAGGAAAAUUAGGAUGCAUACGUUACACCAAAGCUAGUGCAGAGAUGUGGAUUAUGGAAGAUCAUAUUGAGCAACAAGAAUGGUCUAAGAUGAUGAUAUUUGAGAAAUUAGGUAUUGCAUCGCUGGUGUCAGUCCUAAUGGUGAGAUUGUGA